AUGGCGUGCAUGGCUGCUCUCAGGUUGUCCGCUACCAUACCGAUCAACGGUUCUUCCGUUUCACGGAGCCACCGUGCAUCCACUGCUCCUCCGAACUUGUCGUUCUCCGCUUCCGCUCUUUUCGGUGACAAGGUUGAUUUCACAACCGUUCCAGGUUCCCACCAAACAAAACGGACUCCGUUCACCAUCUCCCCAAAAGCCGUUUCGGAUUCCAGGAACUCCCAGACAUGCCUUGAACCGGACACUAGUCGAAGUGUCUUGGGGAUUAUAUUAGGAGGCGGAGCAGGGACAAGGCUUUACCCACUGACAAAGAAGAGAGCAAAACCAGCUGUUCCGUUGGGAGCAAAUUACAGGCUAAUUGAUAUUCCCGUCAGCAAUUGCCUGAACAGUAAUAUAUCUAAAAUAUACGUACUGACGCAGUUCAAUUCCGCUUCACUCAACCGCCACCUUUCCCGGGCAUACUCGAGCAACAUGGGUGGUUAUAAGAAUGAAGGAUUUGUUGAAGUUCUUGCUGCUCAGCAGAGUCCUGAAAACCCAAAUUGGUUCCAGGGGACAGCAGAUGCCGUGAGGCAGUAUUUGUGGCUGUUUGAGGAGCAUAAUAUUCUGGAGUUUUUGGUUCUUGCCGGGGACCACUUAUAUAGAAUGGAUUAUGAAAGAUUUAUCCUGGCACAUAGAGAAAGAAAUGCAGACAUUACGGUGGCUGCAUUUCCGAUGGAUGAAAAACGGGCCACUGCAUUUGGUUUGAUGAAGAUUGAUGAAGACGGGCGAAUAAUUGAGUUCUCUGAGAAGCCCAAAGGGGACCAGCUGAAAGCUAUGCAGGUAGACACGACGAUUUUAGGGCUUGAUGAUAAGAAAGCAAAAGAAAUGCCUUUCAUUGCUAGUAUGGGAAUAUAUGUUGUGAGUAAAAACGUGAUGUUGGAUCUUCUUUCAAAUAAGUUCCCAGGCGCCAAUGAUUUUGGAAGUGAAGUCAUUCCAGGUGCUACUUCAAUUGGGAUGAGGGUACAAGCUUACUUGUAUGAGGGCUACUGGGAGGACAUUGGUACGAUAGAGGCAUUUUACAAUGCAAAUCUGGGAAUCACCAAAAAGCCAGUGCCAGAUUUUAGCUUCUAUGACCGUUCAUCUCCAAUCUACACACAGCCUCGUUAUUUGCCUCCAUCCAAAAUGCUGGAUGCUGAUGUCACAGAUAGUGUUAUCGGUGAAGGCUGUGUUAUUAAGAACUGCAGAAUUCGCCAUUCAGUUGUGGGUCUUCGAUCUUGCAUUUCAGAGGGUGCAAUCAUAGAGGAUACCUUACUGAUGGGAGCAGAUUAUUACGAGACUGAGGCUGAUAGAAAGUUUCUAGCUGAAAAGGGGAGCGUUCCAAUUGGUAUAGGAAAGAAUUCGCACAUCAAGAGAGCCAUUAUUGACAAGAAUGCUAGAAUUGGCGACGAUGUGAAGAUCAUUAACAGUGACAAUGUGCAAGAAGCUGCAAAGGAAACGGAUGGAUAUUUCAUAAAGAGUGGUAUUGUAACGAUAGUAAAGGAUGCCUUGAUUCCUAGUGGAACUCUAGUUUGA